ACCGUUCCGAGCCCUGCCGCCCGGGAACCAGGAUAAGUAGGACGACAGCCGCGGUGACUGGGGGUGCGGGGUGGAGCGUGCCCUGUAUUUUCUAUACGGGUUCCGGAGCCCAGUAGAGGCGCGCCGAGAGGACAGGAAAGUGCGGCGGCCCUGGAACCUGGAUAUCGCGCGAGGCAAGCUGCGCGCGGGCGGGCGGGCUAUGGCGCAGGCGGGUUGCGGGGCCGGCGCUGGUGGCGGGGCCCGGUGCAUGGCGGUCUGUCGGCGGAUUCGCCCUCGGGGGCUGUCAGAAACAGGUUACCAGAAGAAUUUCUCUCUGUGACUAAGAGAAUGAAAGUCAGGAGUCAUGGAACAAACUAAGAGAGACCAAGACCAGAGCUUUUGUGAGGAGGUAGCUGUACUACUCAUAAUGAGAAACUGUCCAUUUUCUCAGAUUUGUGACCCAGAAGGUAAUCUCUGACCUUAGCUGGGUUCUCAGUGCUGGCCAGAAGCCAACUUCAUGUCUGCGUGCACGAGCAGCAGUUUGCCAUGGAGAGCUUGGGACUGCAGACAGUGACCCUUAGUGAUGGGACAACAGCCUAUGUCCAGCAGGCUGUCAAAGGGGAGAAGCUGCUUGAAGGGCAUGUGAUCCAGCUUGAGGAUGGGACCACUGCAUACAUUCACCAAGUGACGGUGCAGAAAGAACCUCUUUCCUUUGCGGAUGGACAGCCUGUACAGCUGGAAGAUGGCAGCAUGGCCUACAUACACCACACACCCAAAGAGGGCUAUGACCCCAGCACCCUGGAAGCCGUGCAGCUGGAAGACGGCUCCACUGCCUACAUUCACCAUCCUGUGACUCUGCCGCCAGAUGGCACCAUCCUGGCGGUGCAGACGGAGGUGGGCUUGGAGGACCUGGCUGCAGAGGAUGACGAGGGCUUUAGUACAGACACAGUGGUGGCCCUGGAGCAGUAUGCCAGCAAGGUUCUACACGACAGCCAGGCUCCCCAUAAUAGCAAAGGGCAGCAGGUUGGGGACAGAGCAUUCCGCUGUGGCUACAAGGGCUGUGGGCGUCUCUAUACCACCGCUCAUCACCUAAAGGUGCAUGAAAGAGCUCAUACAGGUGACCGUCCAUACAGGUGUGAUUUCCCUAGCUGCGAAAAGGCCUUUGCCACAGGAUAUGGGCUGAAGAGCCAUGUGCGCACCCACACUGGAGAAAAGCCAUACAAGUGCCCAGAGGAGCUUUGCAGCAAGGCCUUCAAGACCUCAGGAGACCUGCAGAAGCAUGUCCGGACCCACACUGGUGAACGCCCAUUCCGGUGCCCCUUCGAGGGCUGUGGCCGCUCCUUCACCACAUCUAAUAUCCGCAAGGUACAUGUGCGCACCCACACAGGCGAGCGGCCCUACACCUGCCCUGAGCCCCACUGUGGCCGUGGCUUCACCAGUGCCACCAACUACAAGAAUCACGUGCGCAUCCACACAGGGGAGAAGCCAUACGUUUGCACGGUGCCAGGCUGCGGGAAGCGCUUCACUGAGUACUCGAGCCUGUAUAAGCACCACGUGGUGCACACACACUGCAAGCCCUACACCUGCAGCACCUGUGGCAAGACCUACCGGCAGACCUCCACCCUGGCCAUGCACAAGCGCAGCGCCCACGGCGAGCUGGAGGCCACAGAAGAGAGCGAGCAGGCCCUUUAUGAACAACAGCAGCUCGAGGCUGCCUCUGCAGCCGAGGAGAGCCCACCCCACAAACGACCCCGCGUUGCUUACCUUGCGGAGGUGAAAGAAGAGGGUGAUGACAUCCCAGCCCAAGUGGCCAUGGUGACCGAGGAGGACGGGGCCCCCCAAGUGGCUUUGAUCACUCAGGGUGGUGCCCAGCAGGUCAGCCUAUCUCCAGAAGAUCUGCAGGCCCUGGGGAGUGCCAUCAGUAUGGUGACCCAGCAAGGCGGCACCACCCUUGCCAUCCCCAGUCACGACGAUGACCUUGCCACAUCCAGCACACAUACAGUCACCAUGGUCAGCGUCGAUGGCACCCAGACGCAGCCCGUCACAAUCAUUACCUCUGGGGCUGUGGUGGCUGAAGACCCAAGUGUAGCAUCCCUUCACCAUCAACAGGUGGCGCUAUUAGCCACAGCCAACGGAACCCACAUUGCAGUGCAGCUGGAAGAACAGCAGACCUUAGAGGAGGCCAUCAGCGUGGCCACUGCCACCAUGCAGCAUGGCACCGUGACACUGGAGAGCACAGAGUCAGAGAGUGGAUGCUGAGCCUGAGAGGGCUGGGUCCCACCCCACAAUGAGGAGGUGCCAUGCCACACAGACAUCCCUGCCUCCAAGGGCCCAGGCUGUGGCUGACAUGAUGAAAGGUGGCCACGAGGUCUCCAGGGCCAAAAGGCAGCAGGAAAAUGGUCUAACUGAAGGGGACAGGGGCCCUGCCUAAGAGGAGAGCUGGCAGCUGGCAGCUGGAGAGUUAAUCAGCCUCAGGAGCUAAGGAGGCCUAGCCUGAUCCCCGGGCUGCACUGGAGCAUCCUGCCCUCCGAGUCAGCGGGGCACACACCCUCCUCCCUCCAGAGAACAGCCUUCCCGCCCGCAAUCUACCCCACUUCUAGGAGUGAUUGGGGCUGCUGUGGAGACCAGUCCUUCACUCUGACUGGUCACUGCCCACCAGAGGACAGGGCAGGGCAGACAGCUCCUCAGCCCAACAGGGACGGAGCAGGACCAGACCUGCCCCUCCCAGCAAUAACCGCCUCCCCAGAGGGCAGCCAAGAUGCCUGGCCACUUGGCAGCAGGGUCUUCCUGCCACUGAAGUCAGAAUUGCUCAGGAGCCUGUGGCCGGAGAGAAGGUGCCCAGCACCCCCACCCCCAGCUGCCCUCCAGCCUCUAGUGGAGAGGUGGGGAGGAGCCUUGUACAUUCUGGGGAUUGGGUUUAAUUUGGUUUGUUUUUUAAAUUCCAUUUUGAUAAUUUUUUUCUUGCUCUGGGAGGUGGUGGCAAAUGGGUGAAUCACUACUUAAUAAAAGUUCCAGGUUUCCACUUGGA